AUGAGUUGCUUUCCGUGUUGUGCAACGAAAGAAAGGACCAACCGGAAGACAUUGCAGAAGAGCAGCAAGGAGUACCAUGCUUCAAAAUCUAUAGCCUCAUUUGCCAACAUUUCUUUUAAAAGUGAUGCCAGCAGGCAAAGAUACAUAACGGAAGAAAUUAAGAAGAUUGGAAAAGGAAAUAUUACUGCUAAAAUCUUCAGCUAUCGAGAGCUAUGCGUUGCAACUCAGAAUUUUCAUCAAGAUAACCUAGUUGGCGAAGGAGGCUUUGGCAGGGUAUACAAGGGAUAUCUGGAAAGCACGAAUCAAGUUGUUGCGGUGAAGCAACUUGAUAGGAAUGGAUUUCAAGGAAACAGAGAAUUUCUCGUCGAGGUUUUGCUUUUAAGUCUCUUGGACCACCCCAACCUCGUCCAUUUGGUAGGUUAUUGUGCUGAUGGUGAUCAAAGAAUUUUAGUCUACGAAUACAUGGUCAAUGGUUCUUUAGAAGAUCACCUCCUUGAAUUAACUGAAGAUAAAAAGCCGUUGGACUGGACUACCAGAAUGAAAAUUGCUCAGGGUGCGGCUGAAGGACUUGAAUAUUUACACGAGGUAGCAGACCCACCAGUGAUAUACAGAGAUUUCAAGCCAUCAAAUAUACUAUUGGAUGAAGAUUUUAAUCCAAAACUUUCUGAUUUUGGGCUAGCAAAACUUGGUCCAACUGGCGAACACUCCCAUGUGUCCACAAGAGUGAUGGGAACUUAUGGCUACUGUGCUCCUGAGUACGCGCUUACUGGGCAGUUGAGUACAAAAUCAGACGUAUAUAGUUUUGGGGUUGUCUUCUUAGAAAUGAUAUCCGGAAGAAGAGUGAUUGAUCAUUCAAGGCCAACUGAAGAGCAAAAUUUAGUCCUUUGGGUAUUUCUUCAAACCUUAUUGAAUGCGCAACCGCUAUUGAAAGACAAAAGAAAGUUCACAUUAAUUGCCGAUCCCUUACUAAAAGAUGAUUACCCCAUGAAGGGGUUGUACCAGGCGCUAGCAGUUGCAGCGAUGUGUCUCCAGGAGGAAGCUUCUACUCGGCCUUUGAUUAGCGACGUAGUCUCUGCAAUGGAGUUCCUCGCUGAGAAGAAUGUGAAAGGUGAUGAUGAAGAAAGUGAUGAACAUAUUUUUUACUCUUCUACUGAGGAUGACGACGGGGACUGUAGUACUGAAGGCUAUGAAUCUGAUAGCAUUCUUGAUCGGAAGAAACAAGGUUACUAA